AUGCCUGGCCAUCAAACAAUGAUGCAACCGCAGCAACAGCAGAUGCAGCAGAUGCAGCAGCAGCAGCAGCAGCAGCAGCAGCAGCAACAGGCUCAGCAGCAGCAGCCGCAGCAGCCGCCGCAGCAAGAGCAGCAGCAGCAGCCGCAGCCGCAGCCGCAGCAACAGCAGCAGCCGCAGCAACAACAGCAGCAACAGCAACAGCAGCAGCCGCAGCAACAACAGCAGCAACAGCCGCAGCAGCCGCCGCAGCAAGAGCAGCAACAGCCGCAGCAGCAGCAGCAGCAGCAGCAGCAGCAGCAGCAGCAGCAGCAGCAGCAGCAGCAGCAGCAGCAGCAGCAGCAGGGAUCUCAGGCUUCCUCAUCCGUUCCUGUAAUGAACGGUGUGGCAGUGAUGCCGCAGCAGCAGCAGGGCAUGGGGCAGCAAGGCAUGGCUCAACAGGGCACGGCACAGCAGGGCAUGGGGCAGCAGGGUAUGGCGCAGCAGGGUAUGGCGCAGGGUAUGGCGCAGCAGGGUAUGGCGCAGCAGGGUAUGGCGCAGCAGGGUAUGGCGCAGCAGGGUUUGGCGCAGCAGGGUAUGGCGCAGCAGGGUAUGGCGCAGCAGGGUUUGGCGCAGCAAGGCAUGGCGCAGCAAGGCAUGGUUCAGCAGGGCAUGGCGCAGGCACAGGGCAUGGGUCCGCCGCAGAUGGUGGCUCAGCUGCAGGCUAUGGUGCAGGGACAGGGCACAGGGCAGCAGGGGAUGCCCCACCCUCAGAUGCAUCACGGAAUGAUGCAACAGGGCAUCGCGCAACAGGGAAUGGCGCAACAGGGUAUGGCGCAACAGGGUAUGGCGCAACAGGGUAUGGCGCAACAGGGUAUGGCGCAGCAUGGGAUGGCGCAACAAGGCAUGCCGCAACAAGGCAUGUUGCAACAAGGGAUGGGGUUUGCGCAACAAGGCAUGGCGCAACAGCAAGGCAUGGUGCAACAAGGGAUGAUGCAGCAAGGCAUGCCGCAACAAGGGAUGACGCAGCAGGGGAUGGUGCAACAGCAAGGCAUGGCGCUACAGGGGAUGAUACAGCAAGGCAUGGCGCAACAAGGCAUGGCGCAACAGGGGAUGGCGCAACAGGGGAUGGCGCAACAGGGGAUGGCGCAACAGGGGAUGGCGCAACAAGGGAUGGCGCAACAGGGGAUGGCGCAACAAGGGAUGGCGCAACAGGGGAUGGCGCAACAGGGGAUGGCGCAACAGGGGAUGGCGCCACAAGGGAUGUCGCAACAGGGGUUGGCGCAACAAGGCAUGCCGCAGCAAGGCAUGGCGCAACAGCAAGCUCCACAGCAGCCGAUGUUUGGCUUCCAAGGGGGGCCAUCCGCCUUCCUGCCUCACAAUGGACAAGCCUACCAGCAACAGAUGCAACAAGUGCAGCCGAUGCAGCCGAUGCAGCAGGUGCCCUCUUUCCAGCAAGGCCAUCAGAUGCAAGAAGGCCCGGUACCGAUGCAACAAGGCUCGGUACCAAUGCAACAAGGCUCGGUACCAAUGCAACAAGGCCCGGUGCCACUGCAACAAGGCUCAGUGUCCAUGCAACAAGGACCGUUACUGAUGCAGCAAGGCUCUGUACCGAUGCAACAAGGCGCGGUGCCUAUGCAACAAGGCUCGGUAUCGAUGCAACAAGGUUCAGUACCGAUGCAACAAGGCCCGGUGCCCAUGCAGCCGUCAGUUGGAGCGCCAAUUCAACCAGGCCUGCCAAUGCCCCCGCACCAGCCGUUUCCUGCCACCCCUACCAUGCCAAUGACAGUGCAAGUGGUUUCAGCUUCCCUUCCUGCCCCCAUGCAGCAGCAACAGCACCAGCAGCCCCAGCAGCAGCAGCAGCAGCCCGGUCAUGUUCCUGGACACAACAACAUGCCUGGUAUGCAACAGUCUCUCGUCUCUCUGAUUGGAGACUCAGCUACUCUCCCUUGGUCUCCAACACGUUUGUUCAUAUACUCAUCGCCACCACGCACUCAUUUACCACCUCUCUCGCUCUCCUCCCCCACCCCUCUCUCCCUCCAGCAGAUUUCUUCGGCUGAUAAGCUCCCUUCACUGAGACGGAGUGGCAGGAGCAUCCGCUCCCUCCUUCCCUCUCGCUCACUCUUUCCCUCUCGCUCACUCUUUCCCUUCUGUAUUCCUGCUUUCCUAUCCCUCUUGCAGGCGACUUCGGGCGACUUCGGGUCGUGGGCGCCCUUCACAGUGACGCAGUGGCAGGAGCUGGAGCAGCAGGCGCUAGUCUUCAAGUACCUUGUUGCAGGCGCGCCCGUUCCCCCCCACCUCGUUGCCGCGCUCAGAGCCUCCUGCGCGCGCCUACCCCCCUUGGCCGCACUGCAGCAGCCCCCUGCUGCCCCCGGCCAACGUGAGUCCCUCUCUCUCCUGUGCAUGUCCAUCCUAUGCAUAUGCUCGUUCCUUUGCUUGUUGCUCCACUCUCACUCGUAUCAACACCGACCGUACCUUUUCCUCCUCUGCCUCAUCCUUCCGUGUUCUCCACAUUCCUUCUCGUCUGUGUCCCGUCUCGUCUUGCCGCUUCUGACUCAUCAAGCCUCUCUUGCCACCCCUCACUUCCCUUUCCUCUCGCCUCUCGCCUCUCUCCUCUCUCCCCGUCCCACCCUUGUCGCCUCUCCCAUCAAGCAGCGGGGUGGGGGCAGGUUACACAGCAGGUGGAGCUGGAGCCGUUUAGAUGCAGACGAACGGACGGCAAGAAAUGGCGGUGCUCCCGAGAGGUAUGUGGUACCGGAUCAGAAGUACUGUGAGCGCCACAUGCAUCGCGGGCGCAACCGCUCCCGCAAGACUCACGACCGCGCUGCUCCAGGCACCUCCCUCGUUGAUGCAAAUGAUGCUGACGACGGCCCUCCUGCUGCUGCUGGCGCUGCUGCCAGCGCUGGCGCUGGCGGUGCUGGUGGCGCCGGUGCUGGUGGUGGCGGUGGCGGUGAUACCACUGGUGGCGAUGCAAGCACACCAAGGGCAGCAGGGGGUGCAACAGCGGGGGGUGCAGGAGGGGUGGGGGGAGGUGUAGGAACAGGAGGUGCGGGAGUGAAAGCAGGUGAUAUGACCCCAUCUAGCCUCAACACCACGGAUUUCACCACUUCCCAGAGAAAUACUCCUUUUCCCGGCAGUGCCACUUACCCUCCCAGUGCCACUUACCCUGCCACUGCUGCUUACCCCGGCAGUGCCACUUACCCUGGCACUGCCACCCACCCUGCUGUUGCCAUGUUCCGCCCAUCUGCGGAAGGAGCAGCUGUGCCAGCAGUGCUGCACGGGAACGCCCCGCCUCCCCUCACUCUCCCCCCUCCCGUGCAUGCAGUCGCGGUACCUUCUGCAGGGCAGAGCGGGGCAGGGCAGAGCGGGGCAGGGCAGGGCGGGUCAGGGCAGGGUGGGGCGGGGCAGGGAGGUGUAGCAAAAGGGGGAAUGGUAACAGGGGGAGAGGGAACGCAGCAGUUACAAGGCGCAGGUGAUGCAGUGCAAGGAGGGAUGCAGCAAGCAGGGGUGCAGCAAGGAGGGGUGCAGCAAGCAGGGAUGCAGCAAGGAGGGGUGGGAGGAGCAUCAGCAAUGGGCGUACAAAGAGCAGGAGAGGGGUCUUUCCCCAGCCAGUCUCCCGGUCAACACCCUGCAGCACCACACCACCCGCCCUUCCAGAUGCAACAGUCGCAGCAGCAGCAGCAGCAGCAGCAGCAGCAGCAGCAGCAGCAGCAGCAGCAGCAGCAGCAGCAGCAGCAGCAGCAGCAGCAGCAGCAGCAGCAGCAGCAGCAGCAGCAGCAGCAGCAGCAGCAGCAGCAGCAGCAGCAGCAGCAGCAGCAGCAACAGCAGCAGCAGGAACAGACGGGACCUGCGUCUGCCUCGAAUCUCGCAGUGCAGCAACAGCAGCAGCAGCAGCAACAGCAGCAGCAGCAGCAACAGCAGCAGCAACAGCAGCAGCAGCAGCAACAACAGCAGCAGCAGCAACAGCAGCAGCAGCAGCAACAGCAGCAGCAGCAGCAGCAGCACCACCAACAGCUUCAGCAACAGCACCGACAGCAGCAACAACAGCAACAGCAUCAGCAACAGCUGCAACAGCAGCAGCAGCAGCACCAACAGCACCAACAACAGCAGCAACAGCAGGCAUCAAGUGCAGCAGCACCAGCCGCACCACCAGCAGCAGCAGCAGCAGCUCAAGCAUCUCCUCGCCUGGGCAGCACGGGAGGCAGUCAGCUGCUGCCAGGGCACUACCAAAUAGGAGGGCCCCGCCUGCACCCCUCCCCUCUCAUGGGGCCACGUGCCCCCCUCCGUGCCUCCACGCCCACACACAGCCCCACACCGCUGCGUGCGUCCACUCCCAUCGCAUCCACACCCACCCACGGCCCUGCACUCCUCCACACAUCGACGCCUGUGCCCUCCCCUCUUCACGUGCCAAGAGCAGCAACAGCAGCCCCGCCCUCUCCUUCCCUGCAAGUUUCCAAACACCCACAUGCCCUUCCGUCUCCCUCUCCUUCCUCCGCCCCCUCUCCGUCUUUUCACGCGCUCAAGCCAGCGGCCUCGCCUCUCCUGCAAGUGUCGAGGCUCGGAGCCUCCCCCUACCAGCAACAGGGUGUAAGGGCAGCAGUAUCGCCUUUCCAGCAGCAGGGAGCAAGGUUCCAGCAGGCGGUUUCCUCCGAUCAAAGACCCGCCUCUCCUGCCCUGCAUGCGCUGUCACAAGGGCCCUCCCAGUCCUUUCGGCCGGUCAAGCCAGCAGCAUCGCCCGCGCUACAGCCGUUGGUGCGUUCAACCAUGGAGACGGCUCAAAACUCGCCUGUGCUACAACCGGCUGUCACUUCGAUGCGGCAAUCUCAAGGUGCCGCUUCCACUGGUGGGGGCGGGGAUGGUGCUGGUGCUGGUGCUGUGAAUGGGACUGGGAACAGAGGCGGCAGUGGUGCUGCGAGCUGUGGUAACGCCCAUAGCAGCACGUAUGGAGCUGCUGUGAGCGCGAGUGUUGGGAGAGCAGAGGGCAGGGACGGUGCGAGAGGUGGGGAGGAGGAGGCAUGCAGGGAGGAGAGAGCGGGAGGUGGGGCGAGGCUGCAUUCAGCUGCUGCUGGUGCUGCUGGUGCUGCUGGUGCUGCUGCUGCUGCUGGUGCUGCUGCUGCUGGUGGUGGUGGUGCUGGUGGUGCUGGUGCUGGUGGUGGUGAAGCAGCUGGAGGGAUGCGAAAAGGGAGAGGAGGAGAGGUUGGAGGAGCUGUGGAGAGCGGCUUAGGCAUGGCAAGGCCAUCUCCCAAUGUAAGUCCUCCCAAUCAGUGCAUGUUUUGA